AUGAUGAUUUAUCCCCGUCUCCGCAUUGAGGUGUCGUACUCCUCGACACUCAUUGCGGCAUGGGCAUUCGCACUUGCGGUGAUGUCUUGGUGUGCUGGGCACGCUAUGCAGGGAGCCACGAUUUUGGUUCUUUCUCUUCUCGCCCUCACUGCACCCCACGGUGAGAGUAGAAUGCUUUUACCAUUAUUAUUUCUUUCAGAGCGAUUGUUGGAUAAUGUAAUGAUGAUGGGACAAUCACCAGUUGAGUUUUAUGCAUCAACACUUUUGUCAUAUUUGACGUUAGUGGUUUGCAGUGGUGAACGUCGGGGUAGUGGGCAACGAAAUAUAUUUCUUGAAUCAGUCGUUCAGGCUGUUGUUGGUCUUGUGGUUGUGUAUGUGAUUUGUAAGGAUUGUGUCUUUUCAUUUGCUGCAGGGGCAUUUGUUUUGACGGGUUUUUUGUUUUUUUUAGUGUUAAAUCCCUUGUUGGGGGAAAAUGAGGCUGUGUUAAUUGCCUCUUUAGCGGGCUUUUACCUCUGUGAUGCGGCUAUUAAUAAUAGUAUGAGUGGAAAUGAAGCACUUCUGCAUGCUGGCGGUUAUUUUACCACUAAAACGCAUAUUGCGGGUCGAGCUGCGGUGUUAUCGGCUAUUUUCCAAACAAUAAUAUUAUUCAUAGGCUCUAAAUAUUGUAUGACGUUACGUGUGAGUAACUCCAAGUCAUCUGAACGGAGUAUAAGUGUUCCAUGGAUUACGUUUCUCUUUUGGUCCUCAUUAGUUGGUAUUAUUUCCAUUAUGCAUGCGAUCGUAAGUUUUCAAUUUAAAGAAGAUGUAUUUCUAUGGUUAUGGAAAUAUAUUACAACAAGUCGUUAUCGACUAAAUGUACUGUUAGUGUGGAUGGCGGUGGUUCCGAUUUCAGUCUACUGUGUGGAUGUUUUCACCAAAGGUGUACGACAAACAGUACGACGAAAGUUAUUUCAUUUAAUUGCCCUUUUCAGUUUUACACCAGUAGCUAUUGUAGAACCACAGUUUCUUUCUUUUGCACUCUCAGUAGUUACAAGUAUUGCCAUUAUUGUGGAACUUGCACGUUACUAUAAAGUAUGGGGUUCACAUACAUUAAGCCGUUUUCUCGUUGAUCAUAUUGAUAGUCGUGAAAGUAUUAAAGGUGUGGUCCGUACACAUAUUUAUCUUAUGUAUGGUCUUGGACUUUCCAUGAUAUUUCGUUAUCGCCAUGAAAUACCACAACAUCUUCAAAAUUUUCCACAAACCCCACGUGUAAUGGAUCUUGCUAUUACUGUUAUUCCUGGUUUAACUUCCCUCGGUGUGGUGGAUGCCUGUGCGGCUAUUGUAGGCAGUACCUUUCUCCUUACUUAUCGCCGUGCCCUUGGCCGUUAUCUCAGCAACAGCCUCUACACUGAAAGAGCAAAUGCCUCUAUUACACACAAAACCACUACAGGCACGGUUGCUGGUCUUUUGUUUGGAUCUUUUUUCUGGGCCGUUGUUCUUCUUGUAACCCACACGUUGGGGGAACGGGCAGCACCACAUACUUUUCUGCUUAUCAUUGUCUGCAGCGUAACGGAGUGUUUCUUGGAUGGUAUUGACAAUCUGCAGCUCCCACUUGUAGUGGAUGGGGCGGUGCAUACACUCUUCGCCAUCCUACUACAUAAUCCAAAGUUUUGGCGUUAA